UAGUUAAGACUCCAGCCUCGCGUUGCCAGUCCUCUCUUACGCUCCCUCUGUCACUCUUCUGGGACCCGUUUCCCGUUUUCUGGCUCCCGCUUGCUCCUUUUCUUUCCCUCCCUCCUCGCAUUUGUUCUCUCCCAGUGAUGCCAUCCCUCCUCGCCGCCUAAGCACCGCCAGCCACCCCUCGACAUGGACAUCGGAGGACUGACGACCGUGGUCGCCAACUCUGCCUACAUCAACGCCCGCGGCAGCAUCGAUGGCUCCAACCCGGCGGCCGCCCGGGACAAGAAGUUCCACUCCCGCCUCAAGCUGCCCCACAUCACGGUGUGCGAGGGCCUGCGCGACACCCUGGACCUGGGCUUCGACACGGUCUGCGUGGACCAGCCCAUCGGCAAACGCCUCUUCCGGGAGUUCCUGGACUCCAACAAGCAGUACCACGGGGCGUGUCGUCUGUGGAAGGACAUCGAGGAAUACGACCUGGCAGAGGACUCGGAGAGGGCAAAGAAAUCCUCAAAGGUGGUCUCCAGGUACAUGGACCCGUCUGCCAAACACUACUGCCCAUACCUGCCUGAGGACAUCGUCGCCAAGGUGAAGGAAAACCUGGAGGCGGCGGGCGAUGACUUGUUCUCGGCCGCGCUGGCCAACACGCUGGAGUACCUCAGGGAGGCCCCCUACACUUUCUUCCUGGAGAGCCUGUUCCUCAAGAGGUUCCUCCAGUGGAAGUGGCUGGAGAUGCAGCCCAUGGAUGCCGACUGGUUCCUGGACUUCCGUGUGCUGGGGAAAGGUGGGUUUGGGGAGGUGUCUGCCUGUCAGACCAAGGCCACUGGAAAACUGUAUGCCUGUAAGAAACUCAACAAGAAGCGGCUGAAGAAGAGGAAAGGCAAUGAGGGGGCGAUGGUGGAGAAGCGGAUCCUGGCGAAGGUCCACAGCCGCUUCAUCGUGUCGUUGGCGUACGCCUUCCAGACAAAGGACGAGCUGUGUCUGGUCAUGACCAUCAUGAACGGAGGAGACCUCAAGUACCACAUCUACCUGGUGGACGAGAACAACCCCGGGUUCGAGGAGCCCCGGGCCUGUUUCUACAUCGCCCAGAUCAUCCAGGGCCUGGAGCAUCUGCACCAGAAGAGGAUCAUCUACCGGGAUCUCAAGCCAGAGAACGUGCUGCUGGACAACGACGGCAACGUGCGUAUAUCUGACCUGGGUCUGGCUGUGGAGCUAAAGGAGGGGAAAGAAAAGACCAAAGGCUACGCCGGGACGCCAGGGUACAUGGCUCCAGAGAUGCUGAAGUCAGAGAAGUACGACACCUCGGUGGACUACUUCACCCUGGGGGUCACCCUGUACGAGUUCAUGGCCGCUCAGAAUCCCUUCAGGAACCGGGGAGAAAAGGUUGAGAAAGAGGAGAUGAAGGAGCGCAUGCUGAACCGGGUGGUGACCUACACCGACGCCUUCAGCGAAGACGCCAAGUCGCUGUGCGACGGCCUGCUGGCCAAGGAGGUGGACGCGAGGAUGGGCUUCAAGAACCAGUGCUGCGACGAAAUCAGGGCGCACCCUUUCUUCAAGGACAUCAACUGGAGGAAACUGAACGCAGGUAUCCUGCCCCCGCCGUUCGUCCCCGACCCUAAGGUGGUCUACGCCAAGAGCCUGGACGACGUCGGGGCCUUCUCCUCCGUGAAGGGGGUGAACCUGGAGGACGACGACAAGAACUUCUUCGACGAGUUUGCCUCCGGGAACAUCCCGAUCCCGUGGCAGGAGGAGAUGAUCGACAUGGGCAUCUACGGCGAGCUCAACCUGUGGGGCCCCGAGGGCACCGUCCCCAACGACCUCCGCAGGGAGUCCAUCCUGGAGCAGCCAAAGUCCUCCACCUGCUGCCUUUCGUAAAGGAAGACACGCGAGGGCAGACUUGCUUUCCUCUAAAACUGGCGGCGCCGCGACGCCGGCGCUCAUUCUGCCCCCCAGACUGACGCAGUUUGAGACUUUCUGGACCCGGAAAACAGCGAGAACAAGAUGGACUUUCAGCGUGAAAAACGGACUCCAGCAUACAUUUAUUCUUCUCAUCACGUAUUUGUUUCUCUCCUUUAUCCUUCUUUCUUCUCCACCUUCCAUCCCCCUUCUUUUUUGUGUAUACGUGCUGAAUUAAUGCGUCGCUUUUAGAUCCCAAACGUCUUUUAAGAAGUCCCAUUUCCCAGCAGGGGUGCAGUGAUGUGACAUCUUUUAUCCUGUAAGAUGUUUACCUCGACCACGUGCAUGCUGCUACCGAUGUACCCCAUCUGAUGGAAAGUGUUUUCUUUUCUUUCUUUUAUUAGCUUUUAAUAUAAAAUACUGAGGGAUAACCAAAAGCUGAGACACAGAAGAUGCAACGUUGUCUUCAGGAUUUAUGAUGUUAACAGCUGAAUGUUUAUGAACGACCAAAAAGCGGAGCACUUUUGAUGGAUGUAUAUGUAGUCUAGAUAUUAUGAGGGUAAUGAGAAUAUAGGACACAUAUUUACGGCAAAUUUAUUUAUUUAUACAAAAUUUCUUGAGCAAAAGUUGAAUAAAUUCAGAAAUAUAAAAUGUUUGAAAAAGCACUGAUGAAUAAAAUAGCUUGUUU